GUGCGGCGCCGCAGCUGUUGCUCCUGGCGCGGCCUUUGAAAGGGAAACUGUAGCUGAGGAGUCAUGGUGGGACCUGGGCCCUCUGCUGCCACUGCUGCCUCCGCCGCCGCUGUGGAAGAGCGGCAGAAAAAGCUGCAGGAGUACCUAGCAGCCAAAGGAAAACUGAAAAACCAAAACACCAAGCCUUAUCUAAAAGCCAAGAAUAAUUGCCCAAAUCCACCAUCGUCUAAAUCUACCAUUAAACCCAAAAAGGAUGUUCUCAACCAUGCUGUUUUGUCUAUCAAAGCUACCAGACCCAUUAGCGUUAAACUCCAGUCCAGACCAACUAAUAUAACAGGAUCCCAGAAGCCGAAGUUGGAGGCACCAAAACAUGUGAGCAAAAGUCUGACUUCAAGAGGUUUUUCUUCCAACCCAAAAUGUAAACCUUCCAACAAGAGUCACCAGCAAUGUGAAGCUGGAUCAUCUGCUAAAGGAGAAUUGUCGAGAAAACCGAUGAGGUCACCUAAUGCACAGAAACCAAAAACUACAAAGCAGCAGGUAACAGAUCAAGCAAAUACAAAAUGUACAGACUCUGUAGAUAAUAACUAUGUGGAAAACAAAUCUUUGGAUGGCUUUCUUAAAGAGCUGAACAAAGAGAACUUGCCUCAAACCUUAUCACAACCUGAGAAGAAGCCAAAUCCUACAUUAUGUACCACAAGUAAGCCAAAGAAUAACUCUUAUAAUCAAACCAAGAGCAGUUUGACUCCUAAACAAGUCUUGGGCAAAAGUUUGGUGACUGGUGCUGUUCUGAAAGACAGGGUUAAUAAUAAACAAUUUGUUAGAAAAACACAAAUAAGGACUGUACCGGAAAAGGAACACCUCUCUAAAGGAACAGACCUUGCAAGACCAGAAAAACCCCCCAGGACAGUCCCCUCUCACUUUAUUCAGACCCCUGGUAGGACUCAAGCAUCAAAAAAACCAGUGGUCAAGAACAUAAAGGAUGUAAAGGUUGACUUGGAUAAAUAUGAACAACCAAAAGAAACUAAGGUACAAUCAUAUACUGUUACUAAAGAGAAAUUAAAAUAUGCCAAACCCAGGACAUACCCCAAUUUGCUGCAUGGAGGACCUAACAGCAAACAUCCAAACAUUAAGCAAGAUCAGAAGCCCACGCAACCUUGUUUUAGACCCCAGAUAUGUGUACUGCAAAAAUCAAAAUCUGUAAACCAGAGGGCUAAUUUGAUAGCAGGCAAGUUUAAUUCAGUCAUCCCAAGCAUUCCUAGCAUAAGAGCAAAUAGAACCAACAGCUUUCAACAGAGAGCACAGACUUUGGACCCCAAGUUUAAAAAGACUGUUCCCCAGAAGCAUUUCCUGAGCAAGACAGCUCCCAAAACUCAAGCUAGUGUCACAACCAGAAAUGGGAGAGGAGUCCCAAAUGCUAUCCAAACUAAUCCAAAUAUUAAAAAGACAACAGCAGAGGAUCGAAGGAAACAGCUAGAAGAAUGGCAAAAAUCGAAGGGGAAAGUCUAUAAACGGCCUCCUAUGGAAUUUAAAACAAAAAAAAAAGUAAUAGAUGAAAUGAAUAUUUCAUUCUGGAAGAGCAUUGAAGAAGAAGAGGAAGAAAAGAAAGCACAGUUGGAACUGUCCAAUAAGAUUAACAGCACUCUAACAGAGUGUCUGCGGCUCAUUGAAGAGGGUGUACUUUCUAAUGAAAUAUUUACCAUUUUGUCCAACAUUCCUGAGGCUGAAAAAUUUGCUAAAUUCUGGAUCUGCAAAGCAAAGCUGUUGGCAAGACAAGGUACCUUUGAUGUUAUUGCACUAUACGAAGAGGCCAUUAAAAAUGGAGCAAAACCAAUACAAGACUUGAGAGAAGUUGUUCUUAAUAUUUUGCAAGAUCAAAACAGAACUACCGAAGGAACCGCCUCUGACUCUUUUGUUGCUAUAAAUAAUAUCACAUCAAUGGAAGAACUGGCCAAGAAGGUGGAAUCUGGAGAGUCCUGUCUUCCUCCAAAUGAGAGGGACCAGGUUCCAGCAACACCCCAAAUAACCAAGGCAGGACAGGAUAAUCAUCCUGGCAUCAAAUUACAGAUCUCCUCAAUGCCUAGAAAAAGUGGAAAGCCAGAAGUGCAAGACAUGAAGCUUAUCACUCCCGUGCGGCGGUCAGCAAGAAUCGAGCGAGCUGUGUCCCAUUACCCAGAAAUGCUGCAGGAGCAUGAUUUGGUAGUGGCUUCUCUUGAUGAGCUGUUAGAAGUGGAAGAAACAGAGUGCUUUGUAUUCCGUAAAAAUGAAGCCUUGCCAGUAACAUUAGGGUUUGAAACCUUUGAAUCAUAAUUUCUUAAUGCUUUUUUUUUUUUUUUCUUAAAAAAGUCUCUCAGGGUCUCCAUAAGACUUCUUGUCCGGAUGACCUAAAAAAAACUCAUGUAACAGCAAGGCAUCAUGAAUGCAGACUAUGGGCUCUUGGGAUUUUGGAAGUAAUUCACUGGAUUUACUCUUAAUUUUUAUAUCCCCAUAGGAAAGUCUUCAAUUUAUGUGUUUAAGACUUCAUUUUGCUACAAUUUUACAACAUACAUAAAUUUCAAAGUAUUGAAUAGAAUUUUCCCAACCACUGUGGAAAUAAUUUGCACUUUACUGAAAUACUUUAAUCUCACUGUAGUUAUUUUCCAUAUCUGAAGGUUGACACUGCAACAGGAUGGACUUUCUUUCAGGAGCCACCUUAGCAGAGAGGGCCAGUUCGUAAAGGUGGAAGAGUAGAGGUUUGAAAUUAGCAUACCAGGCUGAAAGGUCAAGCCCCCUAUGUUACUGAUGAGCUUUUGCUAGCCAUGCCUUCGCUCAGCAAUCACAGUUGCCAUAUACGAGUGACCACUGACUCCUGUCACAGCACCCCUGCUCAGAGGGUAAUUCUUGUCCUUUCUGGGCCAGGUCUCCUUGAACAAAACACAGCCCUAGAUUGGACUGGUCAUCUAGUUUUUUAUACCCAAACCUAAUUUUGCGCUUCUUAUUCAGAAAUGCUCAACUUAAAAGGGGAUAAGUGAGAAGGGUGGAAAGGGAGUAGUUGCUUCUUUACUUCCAGUCUUUGCCAGGGGACAGCUGGCCUGAGAAGGCAGUGUGAGCCCCAGGGACUGUGACACAAGGCUUUUUCUAAUGCUUCAGUGAGGGCGAGAGAUUUAGCUCAGUGGUUCUAUCGUCUGCCUUGCAACUGCAAAGACUGGAGUUCAAUCCCUGGUUAAAAAAAAAAAAAAAAAUUCUAACCCUUCAGCGAAACCACACUUGGAAAGGUAAAA